AUGACGGCGUCCCGUCCCGUCCCGUCCCGUCCCGCCCCGCCGCCGCGCCCGCCCCUCGCUGCGGGCACGGAGCGUCCUGUGCACCCGCCCGGGGGAAGGGGGUGCCCGAGGAAGGCGGCGGGGCUGCGGUGUCCGGGCCAGCAGGGCAAACGGGAGCUGAGGGAAAAGCCGCCGUUCUGCUUGCAGACGGAAAGAUUUCCGGGGAAACGACAUUCAGUGCUGCUACGAUUCAGAACUGAUGGAGGGGUGAAGGUCCCGGAACCAAGCGCGGUCCCGUCCCGUACAGCCCGAUCCCGAGGGGCGCUCCCGGUGCGGAGGGAACAGCUCGGGCACGCGCCUCCCUCACGGCACUCGGCUUCCCGCCAGGCUCUCGCCUCUGGCCCUUUAAGGGGCGGGGCGUCGCCGCGCUCCGGGGCGCUGAUUGCGGCGGAGCGCGGGGCGGAGCGGCCGCCGCGGGGGCUGCUGCGGCGCUUGGGGCUGGUGCUGCGGCUCGGUGUCCGCGCCUGCGGGCUCCUGCUGCGCUUCGGGCCGCUGCUGCUGCUCUACCCGCUGGGCCGCCUGUGGCCCGGCAUGGGCGCCCGCUGGCUGCGGCUGCUGCGCAGGGCGGCCGAGGCCGCCGGCCCCACGUGUGUCAAGCUGGGCCAGUGGGCCAGCACCCGCAGGGACCUCUUCUCGGAGGCCUUCUGUGAUGAGUUUUCCAAGCUGCACGUCGAGGUGAGCCCGCACCCGUGGGGCCACACCGACGAGCUCUUGAGGAAGGCCUUCGGGGAGGACUGGAUGGGCAUCCUCAAGUUCCCGAGCCGGGAGCCGGUGGGCUCGGGCUGCGUUGCCCAGGUGUAUAAAGCCUAUGCUGACCUCGCUGCCAUCGGCGGCUCCCGGGCGAAGGAGCUGGAGCAGCGCUCGGAGCUCAGGUCUGCAUUUGAAGCGUGGGAAGUGUCAGGCUUUAGAGGCCUCCUCGGGUGGCUGAGAAGGAGGAAGAGCAAGGAGAUACGGGAUGAGAGGAGCAGGGAGGAACUGAGUUCUGCAGACUGCUCCCAGGGAAGUUCCGGGAGUAGGAUGUCCCUCAUGGAACAGAGGGCCAAGCCUCCCCCGAGCGCAAAUCCGUCAUCAGCCAGACACCUCGUGCCUGUAGCCAUUAAAGUCCUGCACCCUGGGCUGGUCCACCAAGUCCAGAUGGAUCUGUUUCUCAUGAAGAUGGGCAGCCGCAUCAUUGGGCUUCUCCCUGGGUUCAAGUGGCUCAGUUUGACAGAGAUAGUGGAGGAGUUUGAGAAGCUUAUGAUGCAGCAGAUUGACUUACGCUAUGAAGCCAGAAAUCUGGAGCGCUUCCGACAGAAUUUCCUAGAUGUCGAUUUUGUGAAGUUUCCAACUCCCCUUUGGCCCUUGGUAACGGCAGAUGUUCUAGUGGAAACAUUUGAGGAGAGUGAGCCCAUUUCACGCUACCUGCACGUGGGGAUUGGCACGGAGCUGCGGCAGAGACUGGCCAGGAUGGGCAUGGACAUGCUGCUAAAGAUGAUCUUCAUUGACAACUUUGUCCAUGCCGACCUGCACCCCGGGAACAUCCUAGUUCAAGGCACGGCGCGGCCGGGCAGCACCCGCCCGGACCUGUGUGACAGCCAGGUGCCAGAGCUGUGUGACAGCCAGGUGCCAGCGGUGCAGCCAGCCCCGCGGCAGCUGCGCCUGGUGCUGCUGGACGCAGGGAUCGUGGCGGAGCUGCAGAGCGCCGACAUGCAGAACUUCCGCGCCGUGUUCACAGCUGUGGUCCAGGGACAGGGGGAGAGGGUGGCAGAGCUGAUCCUCCACCACGCCCGUGCCAACCAGUGCCAGGACAUCGAGCGCUUCAAGGCUGAGAUGGCAGAGCUUGUGACCAAGGUCCGGGGGAACACCAUUGCCUUGGGCAAGCUUCAGGUGGGAAAUCUCCUUUCGAGUGUCUUCAAACUAUUGAUGACCCAUAAGGUGAAGCUCGAGAGCAAUUUUGCUUCCAUCAUCUUUGCCAUCAUGGUUCUGGAAGGACUGGGACGUUCACUGGACCCUGAACUGGACAUCCUGGAGGCAGCUAAGCCACUGCUCAUCAAAACUGCAGCUUCUGCCCUCAAAUAGACUCCUGUGGCUGCUGCCCUCUCCCUGUGGGGGGUUACCUGUGCUGCCUGUGAGCUGACACAGAGGAAGCUGCAGGUGAGGAGUCACAGGUACCCCAGGGAUGUGGUGUGCAGUAGUUGCUCUCCACUAAUCCUGCCUUCAGUCAUUUCAGCCAAGCACCAGGCAUGGGAUGAUCAGAAGGUCUAUUCCAGAAAGCAGGAAGAAUUUGCACAAUUGGACAUUUCCCACUCAUUGCACAGUUCCGAGAGCUAACGUGCUCUGGUAUUUUUUAAAAACAUCUUCAGAAAGAUGUUAAUUGAUCAAGUCUGUUUUAAAAUAUAUCAGGUUAAAUAUUUAAUUUACUGACUUACCUGCACUAUGGUAUGAGAAAUUAUGUUCUAGCACCACCUAAGCAACACUUUUUUUUUCAGGCUGAAAAAAGCUGAACAAUAAAUGUGUUUGUCUUUUGUACUUUUAACUUCUACUUUUAUUGUAGAAGUGUCCUAACAUCCUGCAUCUAGUGGUCUGCUCUUACUCAUUCUGGAUGACAAAACCAGACCAUUGAAAUUUUUUUUCAAACUUCUGUACUCUAGUACAUUAUGAUAGGAGUUUGGAUUAUAAACAGCAUAAUAAAAUACUUACCUAGGCAGAAAAACUUAAUUCCAUAAUAAAAAACAACUUCUGGGAA